CGGGCCGGGCACGGCACUCGAGGCGAGCGCGGCAACCACCGCUGCUCUCCUAAGGCUCCCGCGCCCCCCGGGGCAGCUGGGCGGGGUAAUGCCCUCCGUGAUGGAGAAGCCGAGCGCGGGCUCAGGGAUCCUGUCCCGCAGCCGGGCCAAGACGGCGCCCAACGGCGGACACCCCCAUUCGGAGGAUGACAGCAGCGAGGAGGAGCACUCGCACGACAGCAUGAUCCGCGUUGGAACCAAUUACCAGGCCAUAAUUCCGGAGUGCAAGCCUGAGAGCCCUGCACGCUUCAGUAACAAGGAACUGAAGGGGAUGCUGGUGUGGUCACCCAACCACUGUGUGUCAGAUGCCAAGCUUGACAAGUACAUUGCAAUGGCCAAGGAGAAGCAUGGCUACAAUAUUGAGCAGGCACUGGGUAUGCUCCUGUGGCAUAAACACGAUGUGGAGAAGUCAUUGGCUGACCUGGCUAACUUCACCCCAUUCCCUGAUGAGUGGACUGUAGAGGACAAGGUGCUGUUUGAACAGGCCUUUGGCUUCCAUGGCAAAUGCUUCCAGCGGAUCCAGCAGAUGCUGCCUGACAAGCUGAUUCCCAGCCUGGUGAAGUAUUACUACUCUUGGAAGAAGACCCGCAGUCGGACUAGCGUGAUGGACAGACAGGCUCGGCGGCUGGGGGGCCGCAAGGAGAAAGAAGACAGUGAUGAGCUGGAAGAAGGACGAGGAACUGUGAGUGAGGGGGAGCCGGAUGCUGGAGACCCCAAGAGAGAGCCUCUGCCCUCUCGGCCCCUGAAUGCCCGCCCAGGCCCCGGGAAGAAGGAGGCCCAGGGGUCUCAGUACCGCCACCACCCGCUGCGAACCCGGCGGCGCCCACCCAAAGGCAUGUACCUGAGCCCCGAGGGCCUCACUGCCGUGUCAGGAAGCCCGGACCUUGCCAACCUCACGCUUCGAGGCCUUGAUUCCCAGCUCAUCUCCCUCAAGCGCCAGGUGCAAAGCAUGAAGCAGACCAACAGCAGCCUCCGCCAAGCCCUGGAGGGCGGCAUUGAUCCACUUCGCCCCCCAGAGGCCAACACCAAGUUCAACUCCCGUUGGACCACAGAUGAGCAGCUUUUGGCUGUACAAGCCAUCCGUAGGUAUGGCAAAGACUUUGGGGCUAUUGCAGAGGUGAUUGGGAACAAGACUCUGACCCAGGUGAAGACCUUCUUUGUGAGCUACCGGCGCCGCUUCAAUCUGGAGGAGGUGCUGCAGGAAUGGGAGGCCGAGCAGGAUGGUGCCCUUGGAGCCCCAGUCCCCAUGGAGGAGGCUAGGAGAGGGGCUCCCUUGCCAACCCCAGCCCUGGAGGAAGAUGAUGAGGUCCAGAUUACAUCUGUCUCAACAUCUGUGUCCCGAUCAGUACCUCCUGCACCACCCCCUCCUCCACCUCCCACCUCACUGUCCCAGCCACCCCCACUACUGAGGCCCCCUUUGCCCACAGCCCCCACUCUGCUCCGCCAACCCCCUCCACUGCAGCAGGGCCGCUUCCUUCAGCCCCGGCUGGCUCCCAACCAGCCCCCCCCACCGCUCAUCCGCCCUGCUCUGGCUGCCUCUCGCCACAGUGCCCGCCCCGGCCCUCAGCCUCCACCCGCCCUGAUUGGAGCCCCCCUGGAGCCUCCAGCACCCUCACUCUGAGCCGAUGCCCUCCACCAACCAGAGGCUCCAGAACCACCUUGCCGGCUGUCCUCGGGUACCUAUGGCUUCGCCAAGGACAGAAGGGACUAGAGCUCUUGCCAGGUCUUUUGAAGACCUAGAGCUGCCGAUGGGCCCAGCCCGGACCUGUGGGUUCUGCACGUUUCUGGCAGCUGAGCCUGUUUUCACCGCUACCCCAGUCGGGGGCUGGGACUCGGGCUUUCUGAACUGGCCUGAGGGUACUUUCUUUUCCUGGCUGGGACUGGAAGGGCUGCCUCCUAGCCCGCUAGGGCUUCACCUCUGGGCCUGGCCCUUUGUGGAAAGGGGAUAGUGACCAUAGCUUGGGGGAUGGGGAGAGGACAGUUUGGCUGUUCUUCCCUUUUCUUUUAGCAGUAAGUCGGGUGAGGCAGGGAGGGGGCUGGAGGAGGGAGGUGGGCAGAGGUCCCUCAGGGCCAGGCAGCAGCAGAGCUGGAGGGGCCGCUCUCUUGUCUUCAGGAGCCUGUUGGGAAAUGCUGAGGAGCUGAGAGUGCCCACUCUGCCUGCUGCCUAAAGGCUGAAAGGAAGGGGUGCUGGGAACAUAUGCAGACAUGGAUUUAUUUUUCAAUGUUUUUAAAAAAUAAAACCUCCCAAGUUCACUGCGUGCUCUUUCCCUUUGGGUGUGAGGCCCCUGGGCUUUGCUCCUUGUCUGUGCCCUGAGGGUGGGAGGGAGCAGCCACCCCACACCAGCCUUUCUCCCCCCAGGCCCCAGUCUGGAAUCAGUUCUCCUCUGCCAGGCAGGCGGGCU